AGUCAGAAUACGGGUCUUUGGUGAAUCAGAGCAGUCGUCUCAAGGACUGCAUCCAGUACCUAGCCUAGGUGGCUAGGCCGCCUGCUAGGUCCGAUAUUACUGAAUACUAUGGGUGUCGAUUGCGAUUCAAAGCCCCGCAACUCGUUCCGAAGUCCCAACGAGCCUCCUGUAGACGGAUCUUACACCUCGCCGCGCUUUGCAUCCUCUCAACAACUCAACGGCUGCCCUCCUUCGACAAAUAGACGUGCGAGGCGACAAUCUCCCGCAACUGCUGCUAAUCUAACGAGUCCUGUUAUCCGGAAAGAAUCGGUCCAAACACUUCCUUGUUCUCCCACAAAGGUGUUGACGGAGAAUGUGCUGGAUACUGCUCCCAUUCCCAAUUUCCCGUAUAAACAUACAUGCACUAUUCGUGAAUCUCAUGGUCGUUCCGUUUUCGGAGUUGCAUUCAAUUCGAUAAAUCGAACUCGUACAUCUGAUCCACUGCUGUUCGCUACAGUUGCUGGAAAUUUCGUCACUAUUUAUCAGUGCAUUUUAAAGCCAACCUCCAAUGAGGCAUCCAACUCCGAUGGACCACCAGUUCUUCUACUUCAGUCAUUCACCGAUCCUGCGGGAGAUGACGAAGAAUUCUACUGUUGUGCUUGGUCUCGAGAUACAAGUGGAAAUGUGGCUUCAAGUUGGUGGACUGAUUGUUCCGAAAGCCGCUUGCCCCGACCCGUCCCACACCAGCACCAAGCCCCGCUGACCUAUUCCACGGCAUCCCUCCUCCCACCACAUCAGCAGUUGGUGGCUGCUGCGGGCAAGAGAGGUGUAAUCCGGAUCCUGUGCCCAAGCCUAGCCAGCUGUCCAACAAGUCUGGUUGGGCAUGGUGCCGCAAUCAACGAAUUACGUUUCCAUCCACGAGAUCCGGCCCUGUUGUUUUCAUUCAGCAAAGAUUACACGGUCCGGCUUUGGAACAUCGCCAGCCACGUGUUGGUGGGUAUUUUUGGUGGCGUCGAAGGUCACCGCGCUGAGAUACUUCAUGGUGACUUGUCGCUGACCGGCGACCUACUUCUCACAGCCGGUAUGGACCACUGUAUAAAGAUUUGGCGGCUCAACACACCAGAAUUGGCCAACGCCGUUAUUGAUUCAUUUAGCUAUCGGAGUCGGCUGAAUCCAAAACCUUUUCCAGUUCUAAUCCAACAUUUUCCUGAGUUCAGUUCCCGUGAUGUGCACGGAAACUAUGUGGACUGCGCUCGGUGGUUUGGCUCCCUCGUCAUUUCCAAAUCUUGUGAAAAUAGUGUAACUUUAUGGAAACCUGGCCCCAUGGAUGAAACCUCACACGUCUCUUCCCCCUCGUUAACAACAUCAGCUUCUCCGAAUACUACCACCACUGAGGUUGAUGGCGUUCGUUUACCCAGUCGUUUGCAACCUAUCGGCACUACUGUUUCAUCCGAACCUGCUGCCAACCCCAUGCCUGGUGUCCCAACGGAGCACAAAAUAAGCAUUAUUCACCAGCUGAAGGCUCCAGAUUGCAAUCUGUGGUACAUUCGUUUUGACGUGGACUUGGCAAAUCAAGUCCUUGCUUUAGGCACCGGAACGGGGCCUGCUCGUAUAUACCUGUGGGAUUUAAAAUGUCCGGAGGCCGCGUUGAACCUACCAGCACAAGUUUUGUACAUUCCUUCCUUGUCUGGUACGGGUAACAGUGGCAUUCCGAUAAGCCACAGUGCCAUACGCCAGACCCGCUUUGCGAACGAUGGAAAAACCCUCGUAUGUGUUGGAGACAAUGGACUGAUUGUGCGGUUUGACAAACCCUAGUCGCUUACAAGUCAAUGAAUGUUAACCCCUCUGUUG